AUGGGAGCUAUAAAAUUGGAUCUUCGUCUUCCUUCACAAAGAUUGGAUGACAUUGCUCCUGAUCCUGAACCUGAUUGGAGCUUCGAUGCUCUUGUCUACGAGCUCAAUGCUCUGGAGAACAAACUCGGCGCUAAUUCUACCACUCAACCUUUGCAUAUUCAUAAAACAACAUCAAGGCUUAACUUAUCGCAUGGGAAAGAAAUUGAGAAAAAUAAAAGGUUUGUACUCCGUGCCCCUGAGUUUGAGACGGAAAGUGAGGAUGAGGAUGACAAAGCAUUGGUAGUAGCUAGCACUGGAAAACACUUCACUUGUGAUGACCUUUAUCUAAGUGACAGUGAUGAUUCCGAUGUUGAUCCUGCUUUUGAAGUGCAACCUUAUCUGAUGAAUAAAGGUGGGGAGGUAGAAGGUGCCUUGAUUGAGUUGACGCACGAACAUCAACUGCGGGUUACUGAUGAAGUCAGGAAUAAGAUCUCAGCUUUGGAGACAGCUCUAAUGAAUGAAAGUCAGAACUCUAUUUCUUCCCUUCUUCGAGUUGAGAAAUACAAAGAAACAAGGCAGGAGUUGGAUAAAAAGUUUGACACUCAAUAUCAACGCCAAAUUGCAGAAGCACUUGAUAAUCACUUAACAGCUGUUCAGCGGGACCGUGAACUCAGAUCACAAAUAGAAGAAAGGAAAAUAAGAAAUGAUGCAGCGUAUGAAGAGGCCAAGAGAAAGGUUGCUUUGCAAGAGGAAAAGCAGCAGCAGGAAAAAGCUAAAGCUGAAGCAGAGGCCAAACUUAGAGCCGAGGAAGUAAAGCAAGCUGCAUUGGAAGCUGAGAGAAAAGCAGCAAUGGAAGCCAAAACAAAGGCUGCAAUGGAAGCUGAAAAAAGAGCAGCAGCAGAAGCUGAAAGAAGGGCAGAAAAGGAUUCAGUAGAAAAUUCCAAAAUAGUUACUUCUGGAGUGACCCUAAAUACCACAUCAAGCCUAUUAAAUACUGAGGCCAAGGAAUCCGGUUAUGUAUAUCGAGCUGCAGGAAGUGCUUUAAACAUAGAGCAUGGUAGGCUACAGAAACUGAAAGAGCUGUGUGACAGAAACCAAGCUGUAAGAUCAAGUUCUAACCAGGAUUAUACCAGAUACGAGAGUCAUAUUUCCCGGAAUAUAAGGCAAAUAAGGGGCAUAAGAGACAAUGUUAGAUCAAAAGCAAGUGAAAUCAUUAAAAUUUUCAAUGAUCGUCAAUGCCCUCAAACAUUUAGUGUUGAGAUAUUUGUUAAAAAGGUUGUUUCAUCCUGUUCAAGCCCUGCUAGUGCUCCCUUUGCAAUUGCCUAUGUCAUUGUUCUCAUUACAUCUCAGGUCCCAUAUGUAAUGGAUAUUUUUCUUGCUGAGCUUCAUAAGGCCUGCCUUUACACAGUCCCAAAGCACAUGGUUUACAAAAAGACCAUCUUUCAAUCACAAGAGGCAUACUUUAGAAGUAUUGGUUAUCGAGAAGAAGAUGAAAAACUGGAGAGUACAGAAGAUUAUUUAAAGCGGUUAGAAUUAUAUAUGAAGGUGUAUGGUGCACUGGUUCAGACUGAAAUUCCAAACAUUCAAAAUUUGCACGGCUUGCAAGAAGGCUGGGCGUGGCUUGCAAGGUUCUUGAACUCUCUGCCAGCCAAUCAAUAUACAGCUGUUUCACUCAAUGCAUUCUUGCAAGUGGCUGGAUAUGCUCUAUUUAGAAGAUAUAAAUCUCAGUUCUUAAAGAUGUUGAACGUCGUCUCAAACAACUUUUUAGUUGAUCUGAAAUCACGUAAUGUACCUGAAUCGACGAAGAUUGUUGCAAAUAUACAGGCUUAUAUAGAAGAUAAAAUGUUCCUUCAAGUGCCAGAAGGAAAGAACCUGCAGUCAAAUACGUUAUCAAGUGAGAAAGAACCAUAG